UGCUGGUGUAACACACCCCUUAAUACCAGAUACUAAACAUGCCAACAAGCUCAGCCACAUGCAUGGGAAAACUGAAGAGAAGCAUAAUCAAAGUAAAGAGAAAGGUGGACAGGUCAGAUACCAGCCAUGUUUUCUCUGUUCCCCUCGACCCAACAGGGCUGCCCUGGGCCCUCUACCACCCAUAACAAAAGGUCUGGUACACACAGAAAGUUUAAAGAAAACCCACCUGGCUCCAGAAGAGAGAGGUGAACAGGUCAGAUACCAGGCACAUUCCCUAUUUUCUCCUCGGAUCAACAGGGCCAACCGUGACCCUCUACCCCCCAUAACGGAGGGUUUGGUACAUACAGACCACCAGGAGAAAUCUCAGGCAUCAGAUGAACAAAUAACCUUUAAGACGAAAAUUCAGAAGAAGCCAAACGUGAAGAUAAGACAGAGUCUCAGGACAGAGGCUGACACAUGCAGAGCUCCCAUGAGUCCAAUCCCUGAGACAGAAGCUGCACAGGCAGAACCUGCAGAUCAGACAGUGGAUCAAACAAUUCUCCCACAUUUGACUGACCAUCCUAAAGAUCCUAACGGUCAUGAGAAACACAGACUGAUGAAGAAUAUGAGUGGUGUUGGAGAGAUGUGCACUUUGAGGUCAGUGUAUGUGGACUCGUAUUUGGAUAGCUGCCCACUCUCACGCCUCAACUACUAUGGUGGACACAUGGAGGGAUUUCGCCAGAUCAGACAUUGUGGAGGUGAGACUAAAGUGAGGAGAGUGACCACAGAAACAGAUCCCAGCCUCACCAACUCUUACUUACCUCCCAUUAACCCACCAGUCAAAGCUGACAUCAGCACUUUAACAAUGAGUAAACCAAAAAUAAAUGAUAUGGGGAGCUGUGAAGAUUCACCAGAACAAGAACUGAAAGUGAAUCUCCCUAACAUCACACCCGGUACAACAUAUGUUAACCACCCAGAAAAAAGUGUGCAUACGAAAGUCCUGCUCCUUCUGCCUCCACAAAAAGAACACAUAGAGCCCCCUGCGCAACACGAUGAACUACAUGAGACCCUCAUUGAAGACAAUAAGUCUUGUGGUGACAUGAAGCUUACAGAAGAGCUCCCUGAAAGAAGACAGGACCCUCUCUCUGACAGCGCAUGCAGAAUUAUAGAGAUGGAUCUGGGGCAUGUUGCUUGGUCCAGUGCUCUUGAAAAAAGAGAUCAACAGCCCCCCAUAGGUCCAAUGCCUCCCCUGGUGGGCCGGAGGGGUCCAGGUAAACAAAGCUCAAUGGCUGUCUACAGUCAGAACCUUCAUGACCCCACAGACACGACAGAACCACAGACAGGAAACAUCAGAGGCUGUCUCCCUCCAGAGCUCAGAGAAAGGCAGGCAGGCGAAGCAGUAGGCACCUUAAUAAUGGGUCCUGAUGGUGAAAUCAUACGCUUGUCUCUCUGGGAUCCUGCGGUUGACACUGAGGACCACCCAAUAAUGGGUGAUGUCACUCAAGGCCACGUACUCAAGGUUGUGACUUCUGAGGAAGACCUAAAACAGCCAUGGACUAUUCUUAUACAGGAGAACCAUACAAGAAACAAAGGGGACAACACCACACAUAAUACAGAAGCAACUACUUUUAACAAGGAGCAGUUAGACUCUACUCAUGAGGUGUUUGUGGUCAAUCAACCUGCAAAGCGGAUUAAAGUCAAAAGGGUUGAGAAAAUGUUUGGAUCAUGCAACAUUGUAAAGACACAGACCAACACUCAGGAGGAGGAGCCGGAUGAGGAGGAACAGGAGGAAGAUGAGGAGGAGGAGCAGGACAAGGAAGAGGAGGAACAGGAGGAAGAUGAGGAGGAGGAGCAGGAUGAGGAAGAGGAGGAACAGGAGGAAGAUGAGGAGGAAUAUUUAGGCUCUGAUAAUGAAGUCUGUGACAAGUCACCGAUGUUUAAGAUCAGUUCUCGAGCCAGGCAGACUAAGGCCAAGAGGAAGAAACAUUUAGGCUCUGACACUGAAAUAAUUCAGAAGGAACAGGGGGUUAGAGUCAAUCCCAAAACAAAAAAGACUAAUGCCAAAAGGAAUGAUAAUGAUUUACACCCAGACAAUGAAAGAAUUCAGGAGGGACAGAACGAUUCCCAUGUUAAGCAGACUUAUCCCAAGAGGAAAGUUUAUUUAAGCUCUGGCAAAAAUCAGAAGGAAGAGAUUACGAGUUAUCCAUUAAUCUGCUCAAUCCCUAUCUCUAAGGUCUAUUUACCUGAGGAGACAAUAGAGGAACAAAGUCGCUCUAUAACUCAUCGGCCCGGCAGACGAGGGGAGGGGACCACUGCAGUGCAAAGAAAGACAACAACUUUACAGCCGGAAACAGGGGUGACACUUGGGUCAAGGAAGUCCAAAGGUGCAGCCCCUGCUAUCAGCCCAAAAUCAACACAAUUCACUCCCACAACGGAUACAUCAGGGGAAUCUCUCUCUACUCAUGGACAGGCAGAAAUCCAGACAGGAUUACCAGUGAAGGCAGCCAAGGGUCAUUCUAAGAAUGCAGGUGGGACAGAAGACGCAGAAUACAAACUGCUGGAGAACGUAAAGAAAAAUAAAAAGAUAAACAAGCAAACUGGCAAACCAAAGAGGAAGACUGUUCAAAUUGAUAAAAACGAUGAGACGCAGAAUAGCAGGGCCUUCAACGACACCUCUGCAACCUCAAAGCCAAAGAAAAAGAAAAAUAAGGAAAUGACUGAGGAAAAGAAGGUAGAGGUUACAGAAUCACAGGACCCAAAAGUAAAGGUUAAAAAGAAGAAAAAAGGUCAACCAGCCUUUGUUGUAGGAAAACCUCGGCCACAAGAAACUGAACGGAUAGCAAAUCAAGUGGAUAAGCCUGAGAGAGAGACCUAUGAGACUUAUGAGAGAGAGAUUUCACCCUAUAAUACAGAGGAUGAUGAACUGGACAACAGUGUUACACAAGAGCACAACUAUACUGAAACUGGGGAUGACACGGAUGCUGACUCGGUCUGUACAGAGAUGCAAGAAGCACAGGAUUCUCCCAUAUCAGUUCACAGCACCCACAGAUCCCAGUACUCACAGCUUACAGCACAGUCACAUUCCAGCACACAUAGACUCUCACAGAGCAGGACAACCUCAGUGGGAACGGUGUCCCAAUGUGGUCCAUGCAGUCCAGCAUCCCUGUCCCUCAUCCACUUACCACCUCAGUCAACACAACAUCCUACCUCAGACCCACCCAAAACUGAGUCAAGCAACAAGGUUAAAAUCAGUGAGAAGCCCAAUCUAAAAAACCAAACAGACACAAAAGCUGCAGCGCUGGCUGAAAAGGCCGAACGGCGGCGUCUGGAGGUGGAGAGAAAACGGAGGGAGAAAGAGGAAGAAAAGAAGAGAGAGCAAGAAAAAGAGGCAAUAGAAGAGAGGAUGAGGAUGGAACUGGAAGAAGAACAGAACAGGAGAGCAGAGGAAACAAGGUUACGAAAGAUUCGAGAAGAGGAGGAGAGACGGAGGCGACAAGAGGAGGAGAUGGAGAGACAGAGGAGAGAACAGGCAGAGAAGAACAGAGAACGAAGGCAACAGGAGGAGAAGAGGAGGCUGCUUGAACGGCUUCAGAGAGAACGACAGGAAGAAGAGAAACGACAGGCUGCUGAACUGGAACGUCAGCGUUUGGAGGAGGAAGCUCGGAGAGAGGAGGAACGCAUUAAAAUGUCACAGAUGCAGGAGGAAGAGAGACUGGAGUACCUGCGCAGACUGCAUGAGGAAGAGGAGGAGAGGAGGAAGGAUGCUGAGGAAAGGAGAAGGAAGGAUGACGAAGCAGCAAGGCAAGCUGAAGAGGAGGCUAGAUUGCAGGCUGAACUGUUUGCAAGGCAGAGGGCAGCACUGGAGGAGCAAUUAAAGUUUCAAAGAGGUCUUUUUGUGGAGGCUGAAGGGCUUGAGCAGACACAGGAUAUUUCUCGUCCCUGGGUUUUCUCCUAUUUCACUUUGUUGAAGCUGCUUGGCUUAGCCGAGUCCUCUUGAGAACACACAUCCAGAUGUACUGUGAUGACUUCAUGUAAAUCACAAAUUUCAAUACCCAACAUUUCCAACUAUUGUUUCUGUUACUGUAUGUGCUGUUAAUGUGCAAUAGUUUGGGCUCUGUGAGAUAAGCUGAUCACAUAGUCAUGUCACUUGUCAAACCUCUUCAGCAUAUCUUCUAACAGCACUUAUGUUGCUCAUAAAAAUCAGAUUUUACUUACUGCUUUGAAAUUAAAAAUGUUAGGUUUUCAAUUCUAUGCAUAAUUUAAUGUUAAAUAACAAUUGCAACAAAUGACAUUUAUUCAGACCUCUUGUUUAAUUGUAAGGGUCAGAAAAAAUGCCAAAAUGGCUUGUUUUAGUGCAAUAAUAUACUGACUAACAUUAUGAGUGGAUAUUUACUUAAAAAAUAUAAAAUAAUGUGAUGUUGUUUCUCUAGUUAACGUAAACGUAUUAAAAACUACACUGUAUACAUUCAUUUUAGAGACCGGAAGUUAAGUUCUGUUUGCGGAAAAAGCGUGUGUGUCCGAUGAAACGGUCUAUAGGAAUAUAUAAGAUAUCCUAUCUCUUUUAGUCAGAUAAACGUUUUACACAUUAGGUUUCUAUUCAAGGAAUAAAGUCUAGAACACACAGGACCGUUAAAGUAAAAUUCUCCUUUAUCAUAGGAAACAAGCGUGCCGCACAAGCCCUGAAAAGUGAAGCCAAAACGUCUCGAUCGCCCCCCAGUGACUGGUCCCAGUAUAGGUCAUAAACCCCGCCUCCCCAUGUUAUUCAAUGGGACUUGAGACCAACUAAAAAAAUUUAUUACACUUCAAUUAUCUUUUUUCCGAACCUGGUUUCUGUCAUUUAUUGUAGUUUUUAUCUCACUGAUGUAAAUUCAAAUGUUUGUUUUUAAAAUAAGUUUGUGUUUAGUUAGUUAUUUAAUGAUAUAAAAACGGUGGUGUCACGUCAUGAUUGACAGCUGUGAUAUCGUGUGAUAUGCGCAUUCUGCGAGAGCGAGGGCGGGGUUUUGAUUUUGCGGCUUCAUUUCCUGCUCACUACUGCGCAUGACUGGUCCCGAAAUCGCUACUGCGCAGCCUCAAGACCCAAGAUGUCA